UUAAUAAACAACCAACUAACUCUUCCUCACGCUACCUUUCUCACCUUCUUCUUCUCCUUCUUCUUCCUCAUACUAUGUUCUUUCGUAAAUAUACCAAAUCCAAUUUCCCCCAAUUUCUAGGGUUUCGUUGAAACCCUAACUACCUCUUGCAUUCCCGCCAAAAUUACCUUCUCAUUUUGAUUUCUUUCAGGUUAUGCAGAUGAUCCAAGUGUUCCGAAGGGUAGUCUUACUCCGACAUUUGCAGCAUCAGCUCUUUUUAUUGACAAUGCUAGAUGGAAUGGGGUUCCUUUUCUCAUGAAAGCUGGCAAGGCUCUACAUACUAAACGUGCAGAAAUCAGAGUACCAUUCAGACAUGUCCCAGGUAACUUGUAUAAGCGAAAUUUUGGAGCUGAUAUGGAUAAGGCGACAAAUGAGCUUGUGCUUCGUGUACAACCUGAUGAAGCUAUAUAUUUGACGGUCAACAACAAAGUUCCGGGUCUAGGAAUGAUAUUAGACAGGAGUGACCUCAAUUUGCUUUACCGAGCAAGGUAUCCAAAGGAAAUUCCAGAUGCAUAUGAGAGGUUACUCUUAGAUGCUGUUGAAGGCGAGUGGAGGUUGUUCAUUAGCAGUGAUGAGCUAGAUGCUGCUUGGGCACUAUUCACUCCUUUGCUAAAAGAAAUUGAAGACAAGAAGAUUGCUCCAGAGCUCUAUCCCUAUGGUAGCAGAGGAACAGUUGGAGCACAUUACCUUGCCGCAAAGCACAACGUAAGAUGGGGAGAUACUGGUAAUGAUGACUGAUAAGUGGCAGAGCUAUCUUAUGAUCAUCAAUAUUCAUUGUCAGUUUCUUUUUCAUUGUGAUAUAGGAUAGUUUUGUGCUUUCCUCCCUUUGGGCUGGAAGAGAAGUUUCAUACAGAAUAAUCAGAUACAUGUUUCAUAUGGACUAAUAGCAUAGUAGCAUACUUUAUCAUGUACUAUACUUAAGCUAAUGUGUGCCUCACUUUUAGUUGGAAUAUGGGUAAUAUCAGUUCUUAUGUAUUGCUAUAAGAUGUAUGCUAACCUCUUUGAUGGCCCUAAUCCAAGUUGAGAAUCGAAUGUCAAAAAACAAAACCGUGUAAAUUUGUCAA